ACCUACCGGGCUAUGAAAGGUGGACUAGGACUUCUCUCCAAGGGCCUGUCUUCCUCCGCCACGAGCUAGAGAUUGCGGAAACGGUUCACGUUGUCCUUCAACUGUCUUUACCCAUACCCCUACCAGGCGACUGUAAUGGCGGAUCAGGUUACCGUUGGAAGUAG